AUGGAAGCUGCCAAGGCGCUCGCCGAAAUCAGGAAGCAGAUAAACAUCCCGCUUAUCGCUGACAUCCAUUUCCACUAUCAGCUCGCGCUUGAAUCGCUGAAGAGCGGCGUGGACUGCCUCAGAUUGAACCCCGGCAACAUACGCGACCGCGAGAAGGUCGAAGCCAUAGUGCUUGAGGCGAAGGCGCGGCAGGUGCCCAUUCGCAUCGGAGUGAACUUCGGUAGCCUGCCUCCGGUGGGCGGCAUCGGCGUGACGCGCGGACUAUCACGCCACAAGGACGGCGUCAAUAUGCUGCCCAAGGCCGGCGAGGCCAGUGAAGGCGAGUACACCGUCGUUGACCACAUGGUCCAGACAGGUCUGUGGGAGAUUGGCAUCCUCGAAGACCUCGACUUCGACCUCAUCAAGAUUUCGCUGAAAGCCUUCGACAUAGACACCACCGUGGAGGCUUACAAGCGUCUUGCCAAGAUGGUGCCCUACCCGUUCCAUCUGGGCAUCACAGAGGCGGGCACGGCAAAGUCCGGCAGCAUCCGCAGCGCGAUCGGACUUGGCAUGCUGCUGUACGAGGGCAUCGGCGACACCAUCCGUGUCUCACUCAGCGACGACCCGCGCGAAGAAAUAUACACGGGCAUGGAGAUUCUGAAGGCGCUGGAACUGCGCAAGGAAGGCACGACGCUAGUCGCAUGCCCAAGCUGCGGCAGGGCGGAUGUUGAUGUGCGCUCGCUCGCCAACAACGUCGAUGAGCUUCUGAAAAGCAUCAAGUCGCCAAUCAAGGUGGCUGUGAUGGGCUGUGAAGUCAACGGUCCCGGCGAGGCCAAAGAUGCCGAUGUUGGCAUCGCCGCCGGCGCGGGGCGGGCUAUCAUCUUCCGCAAAGGGCAGAAGGCGCGCAUCGUGGACGAAGCGGACAUGCUCGGCGCGCUGAUGGAAGAGGUGCGGAAGGUUGAAUCUGAAAUGGUGGGCGCCUAA